AUGGCCGGGAAACAAGCCCGCAGACCAUCUCAGAGCGAUUACCAGGAGCCGACAUCGCCGCCCCCAGCAUACAAACGGAGACGCAUUGCAUUGGCAUGUACAUCCUGCAGGAACCGCAAGUCUCGCUGCAACGGAGCUAGACCGUCAUGCAGCCUCUGUGUCGAGUUAGGGUUUGAGUGCGUCUAUCAGCAGCCAACAGCUGGCAAUGUAAGAGCCUCGCAAGGCCCGUCCGGCUAUGAUGAGAGACUGCGUGCGAUCGAGGACACGUUACAGCUCCUUGUCCAUCAAAGGAGCCAGCCCCAGUCCUCAAGCAGAGAGGAAGGUCCCAGUCAUGACCUGAAAAUGCCCCCGAAUGGAGAAUGGAGCAAGAAUUCGCAGGCUGCAGCCAUAGAUCGGCCGCUGACUGACGAUGAGGAAGUUGCUAUCUUGGAUGAGGACCACCCUUUGCAGCAGAACGGGGGCGAGGACUCGGUCGACGGAAUGGCCGCCAUCACAGACCCGCAGGAGACAGAGUCCCGGUUUUUCGGCCCAUCCUCGAACAUAGCAUUUCUCCGCCACAUUUCAGACGCCACAUCGGUCUCUUUGAAGGCUAUUGGGCCGUCUCGACAUUUGGGGAAUGCGAUCAAUCAACCAAUUGUCUCAAGGGCUGUUUCUCCUGUGACAACGUUGUCGGAUAGUCCGCCGAUGACUCGUCAGGCCGUCAAUAUUCGUUCCCUGCCCUCCGAGUCUAGAGCUCUUCAUCUGAUUCGUCUCUUCUUCUCCGACACGGGCAUGUUAUUCCCAUAUAUCCAUGAACAAGAGAUCCUUCGAACCUACUCUGCGGCCCGAAAAAAUCGUUUUGCAGCUGUAAGCAGAUCUUGGCUCUGUCUACUCAAUGGCAUCUUCGCCUUUGCGACUUAUAUCAGUGCCCGGCCUGAUCAGUCGGUGUGGAAGAAUGCCGCCGAGUCCGAGAUAUUUAUGGAACGCGCACAAGCUUUGUCGGCCGAUAUCGAGUUGAAGUCUGCUAACCUCGAGACGGUCCAAUGUCUGCUUUUGAUGGCACAGUACCGGCAAGGUACGCAGCGAGCUGACCAAGCAUGGAACCUGCAUGGCCUCGCGGUUCGUGCAGCAAUCCAGCUGGGACUGCACUCCCCAUCGGCCUCAGUGGGACUGAGCGCAAUCGAGACGGAAAUACGUAAGCGUACCUGGUUUGGUUGUAUGAUGAUGGACAGGAUCCUGAGCAUGACUUUUGGACGACCUCCGACCAUUCCGAAUGAUUACAUGAAAUUGGAUCUCCCUUUGAACCAGAACCUAGACAAACUGACCGUUCUGGGAAGCACGGCUGCGUCAGUCGGUACUUUGGAUCCCCCUGACACUGUGUGCUUCUUUAUAGCUACCAUACAACUCUACUACAUUAUCGGCGACGUUCUUACUCAAUUGUACGGGUCAAACGUUGAUAUUGAUCCACAUUUGACCAUUCCCACCAUGCUCGAAAGGACAAUGGUCUUGGAGCAGAGGCUGGCGGCAUGGAAAAGGAAUUUGUAUCCUCAGCUACAGCGGAGGCCCUGGGAUACCUUGGAUCCGGAGACCAUCUCAAUGAGUGCCUGGGAUCCGGUAUUCGAUAGACUCAGCGUUAUUAUCACACUGAGGUAUCUCAAUGCUCGAAUUCUCCUGCACAGACCGCUCCUGAGCGCCUUUCUGCAGCAAAGGGCGCGUUUCAGGGCUGCGGCCGAAGUCACCGAGGAUGGUGACCCAUUCUUUCAGGAUCUCGCGGCGAGGAGCGUCAAGAUUUGCGAACAAUCGGCCAUGGAGAUGGUCGAGAUUGUACACAAGACAAGCAAUCCGCCUGCCCUGUUAGGAGCCUGGUGGUUCUCAGCAUAUUACACAUUCAACAGUGCCCUGGUCAUUUUCAGUUGCAUCUUACUUGCAAUCACUACUUCUAAUGGGUGGAGUCACAACGGGCCAACCAUCACGAUGACUGGCUCUCUCGACACUCAUCACAUCGUGGAAAUGGUCACAAAGUUGUGCAAGGCUGCAGAGGCCCUGCAGAGAUUCGGUGAAGGCACACGGUCUGCCAAGCGAACCCGAAAGACCGUGCUGAAGCUCAUACAGAUCUGUGUGACGCUGGCACAAUGCCAUGCUGACCACGGUCCUUCUAUCCUGGCCGCUCUGGCCGCCAGCCAUCACCUUCAGCAGCAGCAGCAGCAGCAAAUUCAGCAGCGGCAACAUCAUCAAUACCAACACACCUCUGAGGUGGGAGCUCCAAUGCGGAACUCUCAAAACGGGCUAGAUGUCCCAGUUCAUGAUGCCAAUGACAAUCCUGUGAUAGCAAAUGUCCCUGUUGACGGCGCUUUGCCGCACGUCGCAAGCCAUUCCGAGGACCCCUUCACCAUGUUCGACCUAGGUAUGCAUCAAUACUGGACUGACACAAAUCUAGAUCUGUUCACGGAUCUGGUUGGGGUCGAUACAGGCUUGACACAUAUGCUAGCCGGGUGA